CCCGUUUUGCGUAGAAGAAGAACCUAUGCGGAAGUGAUGACGUUGACUAGCACUGAAGCAAUGCUGAAUCUAAACAGGCAGAUUGGAUUUGUGAAACUUUAAAGCUGUUCACUUUGGAAACGGAUGAUGGGUGUUUCGGUUUAUACCGCUGCUCUGAGACAGCUCCUCUGAAUCGAUAUUAGAAGCCAUUAAAUAAGGCGGAAGUUGUUAGCUACCAUUAGCUAAACUAUGUUAUUCAUUAGUCAGUGCUUUAGCUAGCCUCAGGCAGGUUAGCUAGUUAGCUAUCUCUUCAUAUAGGCCACACAAUUAAAUAAGAGGGUGUAUAAACUUUUAGACACUUUUCAACAAACGCAAUGGAUGACAAAUACAGCAGUAAUGUCAUUUCAGGUGGAAAGCUGGGCCGCGUUGAAGUGCCUAAUGCCAGAUUGACCAGAUACAUCGUGUUGCUCUUCUUCACCAAGUUGUUAAAGGCUCUAGGAAUUUUUGAGUCUUAUGACCUCCUCAAAGUUGUACAUAUUGUGCAGUUUCUCUUCAUACUUAAAUUUGGGUGUGCAAUGAUUUUACUUUUCUUUCAAAAGCCCUUCUCAUCAGGAAAAAUAGUCACCAAAAGACAGUGGAUCAGAAUCUGCAAGCACGCCGUGAUCAGCUGUGUGAUCUCUCUCUUGGGAUUUUUUGGCCUGACGCUCUGUGGGCCGCUAAGGACGCUGCUGCUGUUCGAGCACAACGAUGUGGUGGUCAUCGCUUUCCUCACCGUUCUCUUCACCACCUCAGACGGAGGCCCCUCUAAGACGAGAGGCGCUGCGUUCUUCAUCAUUGCAGUGAUCUGUCUUUUGCUCUUCGAUAACGAUGACCUCAUGGCAAAGAUGGCAGAGCACCCCGAGGGACACCAUGACAGCGCUCUCACCCAUGCCUUGUACACAGGGAUCUCAUUUUUAGGUGUGGCCGACCAUAAAGGUGGAGUUGUGUUGUUGGUUCUGGCGCUGUGUCUGAAGGUGGCGUUUCACACACACUCCAGAAAGCUGUCAGUGGAAAUUGGUGGAGCGAAGCGCCUCUACGCUCUGUCUAACCUGGUCGCUUCUGUUCUGCUGCUGCCCUGGGUGUUUGUGCUCUCUGCCACCACGGAGAGCAAGGUGGAGUCGUGGUCUAGCCUGGUCUUGCCCUUCGCCAUGAUCGUCUUCUCUGUGAUGAUCCUGGACUUCUACGUGGAGUCUAUCUGCAUGACGAAGCUCGAGGCCCCACGCUGCGCCCGCUACAGCUCCUACUUCCUGUUCUUCAGCGGCUUGUUUCUGGCCAACUUCUGGACCCACCCGCUGACGGACCAGCUGCGGACCAUCAGGACGGGCGGCCAGCAAUCCAGCACUGAGCAUGUGCUGUCUGGAGGAGUGCUGGUCAGCGCCUGCUUCUUCAUCAUGUCCGACAGCAUCCUGUCCUCUCCCUCUAAGAAAGGACAGAAGGGCACGCUGGUGGGAUAUUCACCUGAAGGAACUCCUCUGUAUAACCUAAUGGGCGAUGCUCUGCAGCACAGCUCUCAGUCUCUCCCUCGCUUCAUCAAAGACUCGCUCAAGCAAAUCCUGGAGGAGUACGAUUCCCGACAGAUCUUCUACUUCCUGUGCCUCAACUUGGCCUUCACAUUCGUGGAGCUGUUCUAUGGCGUGUGGACCAACAGUCUUGGUCUGAUCUCUGAUGGCUUCCACAUGUUGUUUGACUGCUCAGCUUUGGUACUCGGACUCUUCGCUGCCCUCAUGACCAGAUGGAAAGCAACAAGGAUAUACUCUUAUGGGUAUGGCCGUGUUGAGAUCCUCUCUGGGUUUGUUAAUGGCUUGUUCCUUAUGGUCAUAGCCUUCUUUGUGUUUGUGGAGUCUCUGUCCAGACUGAUUGACCCUCCCAACAUCAACACCGUCAUGCUAGCGCCGGUGUCUGUGGGCGGCCUGAUCGUGAACCUUUUGGGCAUCUGCGCUUUUAGCCACGCCCACUCCCAUGGGGCCUCAAAGGGCUCAUGCUCAGGUCAUGAGCAUGGCCACUCGCACCAUGGUCACGCGCACGGAGACCAUGGACAUGGAGGUCAUGGGCACAGCCACGGGGCUCACGGCCACUCUCACGGCCAUGGCCACUCCCACGGCUCCGGAGGAAGAGGCAUGAACACUAACAUGAGAGGAGUCUUCCUUCAUGUGCUGGCUGACACACUGGGCAGCGUUGGAGUCAUCAUCUCUACAAUUCUGAUCAGUCAGUUUGGCUGGCUGAUAGCAGACCCCAUAUGCUCUUUGUUCAUUGCCGUACUCAUCUUCCUCAGUGUCAUCCCCCUGCUGAAGGACGCUUGUGAAGUUCUUUUACUGAGAACUCCACCUGAGCACGAGAAGGAGCUUAACUUUGCCCUUGAAAAGAUUCAAAAAAUUGAAGGUGUCUUGUCUUACCGUGACCCGCACUUCUGGAGACAUUCUGCUAACGUUCUUGCCGGAACCAUUCACCUACAAAUCAUGUCUGAUGUUGUGGAGCAGAGAAUUAUUCAGCAGGUGACUGCAGUGCUCAAGGAUGCGGGUGUGAAUAAUCUGACUGUCCAGGUGGAGAAGGAAGCUUAUUUCCAGCACAUGUCAGGCCUCAGCACAGGAUUCCAUGAGGUCCUGGCAAUGACACAACAGAUGGAGUCGAUGAAAUAUUACAAAGAUGGCACAUGUAUCAUGUAAAAAUGUUUUAUUUAAAGAUAACACUGGAAACAAGCACUUCUAUACCUGAUACACUGGAACCAGCGCUACCCCAGAGUUAUCCUAGCAAAGUCUGUCCACUCGGCAGCCAUCUUGGAAAUGCUCCUGGCUAGUUAUACAAGUCAUGCAAGUCCAGCCUGCUUAGCUACUGAAAAUAAACCUGACACGGAUCAACAUGAUGGUUCAAAGUGUGGAUUUGAGAUGGCUGUUAAACUCAGACAAAAUGUAAAUGUAUAUAUACCGGUUACAUACAUUUGCCUGUUUGCACAUCUGUUUUUGCGCAUACCUGUACACAACAAGUCUUACAUAUGCAAUACUGUGUAUUAAUUAUAUUGUUUAUUGUAUCUAUUUGUAUUCUGUUUGUCCUUUUUCUUAUACAUUUAUACUUGUAUAUAUUUUUCCUCACACAUUGUGUUCCAUUCCCGCAAGCCUGUGUAGCAAAUGCAGCAUGGAGAAUGGAUGGAUGGAUGGAUUGAUUGAGUCCCGUUGUGUGGUGAACACCAUGUGUGAGCACACUU